AUGCAAAAUGAAGUACAAAACUCUAAAGUUUCAAUUCAAAAAUAUAUUGACAGUAUGAAAAAGAAAGAAAUUUCCUUCCAUGACAAUAUAUUAGAAAAAAUCACAGAAAUAUCUGAAAGGAUUCCAAAAUGUUCAAAGAAUAUAAGACAAUUACAUCAUAAAAUCGACCAUAUAGAUGAAGAUAAUGAUAAAUUUUCAGAAAUUUAUCAACAAUAUAUUUACUGCAUUGAUCAUCUUGUACGAUCAAUUUGCUUCCUUACAGAUAGUCCUAUGGAUAGUUGUCCUGAUGUCCAACGUCUUAUUGAUUCUCCAAAAUUCCUUGAAAAGUUUAUAGUUGAAUGCGAAGAAAAAUUAAUAUCAUACGAUAAGGAAACAAGGCUCAAACUAACAAAGAGCACAGAUUCUUUGUCUCGGCUUCUGAAAGUCAAAAAUUCUGAAAUUAAUAUUCCACUUGCGACAGUUUUAUCAAAUCUUGGUGCUGUUUCCUUGGAUGUUGUUGAAGGCAUGGAAUUACAGCAUAAGGAAAUCGUGCGUAGUUUAGAAGAAUAG